AUGAGUGAUUACGAUUCUUUAACACAAAAUAAAGCAUUUUCCAUUGAGGAAAUAUACGGAAGCGAUAUAACAGAUGAAGAGAAUAAAUUAAUUAUUGAAUUUAUGCGGAAUAUGGUUAAUGAAAGGAAUUCCCUUCCAAAUAAUGUAAAUAUAGAGAUAAAUGUGUUAAAUAAUAAUGAUAGUAACAAUAAAAAUUUUUGUAAUAAAACACACAACUUACUCAACAUUUUGAAUAAAUAUACCUUAAAAGAAAAGUUAGAUGAGAAAUAUUUAAAAAAUGAAAAUAAAAUAACUUGGAAAAGUAACAUUGUUGAAUAUAUAAAUAGAUUAAGAUAUUAUAUUCAUAAAAAAUAUAAUCGAAAUGUAAUUGAUACAUUUAAAUAUAAUUCAUGUAAUUGUUCUAUAUUGUCUUCCUUACAAAAAGAUAAUGAUUUAAUACAAAUAUUUUCUUCACAAGUUUUUUGUGUACAUUUAUAUAUUUAUGGUAUUAAUUAUAAGCAAAUCAUAUAUUAUAUUGAUAUAAUAGCCAACCACUUAAAUAAUAAUAAUAACGAAGCAAAUUUUAUUUUUUUUUUAUGGUUAAUAUAUCUACUAAUAUUAUUGGAUUCAUUACAGGCACUUGAUUCCAAUGUUUCUUCAAACUUACAAAUAAUAAAACGUUUUUGUAUAAACAAAAUUGAAAACCCCGAUCCAAAUUAUGUUGAAUCCAAGCAAGAUAAUUUUUUAAGUUUCCUAAAAAACUUUUAUUGUACCUCUAAAAAUAUGAAUAAUUAUAUUCCUUCAUAUUACACAGUAGAUAUAUUUUAUGUUAUAUAUAUAAUUAUUACUGAUAUAUUUAAUCAAAAAUGA